AUGGCAUAUAAGCCCUGUGAUCGAAUUUUCGCCAAGGUGAAGGGGUUUCCCCAUUGGCCUGCACGUAUCAAUGUUCUCCCCAAUGACGUGAAGGUUCCAAAGGGCAAAUAUCCUAUUUUUUUCUAUGGUACGCAUGAAGUUUACUUUUUAGCUCCCAAGGAUAUCUUUCCCUAUGAACGCUGGAAGCAUAAAUAUGCAGUUAGCAGAAAUCGGCCAUUGUUUCAGAAAGGCCUUGAGGAGAUUGAAAAUGAACCAGAUGUGCUGCUCUAUGGAAAAGAUGCUGAUGCGGAACAAUUUUUAUCACAAUUUUACGAGUUCAAACGAUCGGCCGGUCGUGGCUCUUCUUCCUUAGAUGAAGAAUUCGUUACUCCUUCAGAACCUCCUAUGGGGCAUGCGUCCAAGAAGAGUGUUUCGAGAAGUUCAGGUGUGUGCUCAAGGCGAUCUGGCACCAAGCACAUUCACGAGUCGGGAAAGCAGGUGUCUCCUGAUCGUGAAGGCCGAUUUAGCAAGCGAGUAACAAAAACGGAAAAGCAAUCAAGUAGUGUUCUUAAUGAUGGUGAGAAACUGACGACAGACAGUGCUGCUGGUGAAAGACUGGAGUCGCCAUUGGACUCUGAAACUGGUGAAGUUAAUCGUGGCUCCACUGAUACAAUAUCGCCAACGAAUAGAGCUCCUGCAACUACAGCACUUGGUCGUCCGAUGCGUAAGUCGGCAAGUAAGUUUUCGGCCAUGAGGCUCCUUAAAGCUGGAAUUACGUUCGGUGACGACGAGGGCUCCAACGAGGACGCCGAUUGGCAUCCUACAGCCGCCCACAAUAAUGAUGCUUCCGAUGACUAUGUACCUCCUGACAAGUCUCCUACUUCACCCAAAAGUUCUCAGCAUUCAAGGGAUGGUUCUUAUCAAAGGGGGUUGAAGAAGCAGAAGGAUAAACCAAAAUCGGUAACUUUCGAAAGGUUGAAGCGUCCAAUAUCAUCCUCUUCAACCGAGGAGUCAUCCACAUCUACGGACCCAGACCGUCGCGAUAAUCGAAAACGAUCGCUUGUAAGCGAAUCACAGCGAUACAAGAAGCGUCGAACCCUGCCAUCUUCGCUUGCACACCGGCGAGAGCGAUCAAGAGGCUCUUCCAGCGUUAGCAGGCCUCGUCUAAAACUGUCAAAUGUUUCAAUGACUGCAGAGGAGUUAAGUAAUCGUUUAAACAAUCGUCAGAACUACCAGAAUGGGCAAAAACAGCUCGAAGAGCUGGGAACAGAAGCACGGCUUCAUAAAAUCGACAUUGCAAUCAAGACAAGUCUCAUUCGAGGUCAAGAAGAUAUCCCUACCUGUCUUCAGCGGUUGGAGGCACUUGACAACAUGGAGCUCACUCUUCCCGUUCUCGUCAAGUGCGGCGUCAUUGUCGAAACGAUCCGCAAGGCGAGUCCGGUUUUCCUUUACUCCCUUCUUCUGACUGUUCAUGUGUACCGUUUGCAGUGUUCGCGUUACAAGCCUUCCAUGGAUGUGAGAAUUGCUGCUCUCAAGGUUUUUAAUCGGUUUUUGAAAAUAAGAGAAAAUGCGUCCAAGGAAGAGAUGGAGGAGGCUCAUGCGGAGUUAAUUGCAAACAAUAAGCGACUGCUCACUUCGAGUUCCCAAACAGGUCCCUCAUCGGUCGCUGAUAUCUUUCGGGAUGUACAACAACCUCGGGCAAGCACCGCUCAACAGAAACCACCUCCUCCGUCGAAAUCUCCAAUCCAGCCUACCAAAUCCUUAGCGCCUCCUUCAAAUGCGGCCUUACAGGCCUUACCAUCACCAGCCUCACCAUCUGUACCACAGCUGCCGAUACCCUCUGGUGCCACUCCUGCAUCUCACUCCUCUACUCCUCUCCCUGAUCAGCCUGCAUGUCCAAUUCAGGACGUCCCAGGUCCCCUCUCACCAUCAAACGGAUCGGACUCCGAAGGAUUAGCUCCCUCACUUGGUGAUUUGGAGGGUGGAGAGAGUAUGGAGAGUGACGAUGAUUCUGUUCUCUCGCCAUCGAAUUCUCUCUUUAAGUCUCUUAACGCUGAAGCUACUGUGGCCGCUGUUAAACAGGUCUUCUUCCAACGUACCAGGGACAAAAUGGCUGCGACGAUUUCAAGGAAUCAACAACCGGCUUCCUCUCCGCAAACUGAGUUGCAGCCAUCGACAGUAACGUUGGAUUCUGAUGCUUGCGUACCACAAUUACCUCAUUUUUGUUCUGGUCCCUCCUCAACCCAUGUCCCUCCUACAAAUCUGUUAUCCUCUUCCAUUCCCUCGUCUUCAUCCUAUCAGUCAUCUUUUGACGUCGAGUUACACCGUCCACCACCUCCCCAGGUACAGGAAGCAGGGAUUCGACGAAUUGAUCAUCUCUCACCAGAAAACCGACGCCGUCUAGGGAGAGAGAGAGCUCGCAGCCCGCAUGCCUUACCACAUCCAUUGGAGCAUUAUCAAAAGUUUUUGCGCAAUGGGGAGGCCCACUUACCACCGCCACCGCAACUGUCUCCGCCUCCAAUUCUGCCGCAGCCGUAUGUUCGCGGUACUACUGACGACUUGGACACACGAAUUGCACGUCUGUUAGAGGCUGCGGCCCCUCAGUCCCAUCAGCGGCAGGAAUUCCACUCUUCUGAUACUUUGUCCUUGCCGCCUCCACCUCCGCCUCCUCUACCGCCUUCCCAAAAUCUCAUUUUAUCGCACAGGCCUCCCCCUCUGCCACCACACCCUCCUCUCAUUCCUACAGCGGCUCCGUCCGGCUACACUCCCGCUUCGCCUGUUUCAGACGGAGCUAACGAUGGACAGUACUUCGAUCUGCUCAACGUAUGGCCUCUGCAACAAGGCCAUGGUUCUGACAAGGUGUAA